AAGAAACAAGUUGCCUGGAAGUGAAGAGCGGUUCUCUUUUGAACAUUAAAACAAAAUUUUAAAAAACGCAGUCAACUGGGAAUACCCGUGACGUUAUGGUAAUUUCCUUUGGGCGUGAGAAGAUGUUGAAGCCAUAUACAUUCUUUUGUAGCCUAAUUAGCAGUAGUGCUGUCCAGUAACUAGUUCUAGUGGCUCCCCGCUUUCACUUGACGACAGCAGCCAGUUGAUGGAGGGAGGGGAGGGGUAAACCCAAGCUCAGGAUUAAAGAGGUGUUCAUUGAGCGUGUGUACGCACUGAGCGGCAGCAGCAACAGGUCUUUCAACAACACAAAGUUUCUUGCACAGAUAGUUAAAUGGCUAAAUAUAAGCCAUGGCUGGUGUGCUGCUUCAUCUUGGCUGGUUUACUUUGCGCAGUUGCUCUCGUGUGCAUGUGCAUCGCCACAUUUCAGGACAGUGGAUGUCCCAGAGGCAGCUUCAGGCACGCGGCAGUGUCUGCAGACACGCUGCGUUGCUCCGAGAUCGGCAGGAACAUGCUCCAGCAAGGGGGGUCGGCAGUAGAUGGCGCCAUUGCAGCUCUUCUGUGCACAUCUGUGCUUAAUCCUCAAAGUAUGGGGCUUGGUGGAGGGUCUAUAUUAACUAUAAGAAAUAAAACCGGCAUUGUCAAAGUCUACAACUUCAGAGAGACCGUCCCACAGUCUUUCAAAACUAACCUGUUAAAUGACUGUCCCACCACAUUCAGAAUGGCCACAGGCAGCCAGUGGAUCGGCGUUCCUGGAGAGCUGCGGGGCUACGAGGUAGUUCACAAACAGUAUGGGAAGCUGCCUUGGGCCAAGCUGUUUGAGCCAACAAUUAGACUGGCCAAGGAGGGUAUCCCUAUGCCACCAUUUCUGGGGAAAUUACUGAGUUCCAGCAUUGUGAAAGUACACGUGGAGAACUCCUCUCUCUGUGAAGUUUUCUGUAACAAGAACAAAACGGUUCUAGGCAAAGAAGACAUCCUGAAAUUUCCUAAACUUGCAGAAACCAUGGAAAUAAUAGCAAAACAAGGGGCGGAUGCCUUCUACACUGGCAAGAUAGGACAUGACUUAAUCCAAGAUAUAAAAGCUACAGGUGGGACUUUGCAAAUGGAGGAUCUGAAGUCCUUUCAGGUGCGAGUGGAAGAUGCUUGGAAAGUUCCUCUGGGAAAUAUUCAGAUGCAUAUCCCUCCACCCCCUGCUGGGGGCGCUCUGCUUGCCUUCAUUCUCAGACUAAUGAAAGGGUUCCCCUUGACUCCAGACUCCCUGAAGGGUAACCAGAAGAUUCAGACGUACCAUCGCUUUAUAGAGGCAGCAAAAUUUGCUAAUGGACAAAAGAGGAGCAUUAGUGAUCCUCUGUUUAAUAACAGAAAGAGUGCAGAUCAUUUGAUUGAUCCUGCCUUCAUUAAUCGUGUCAGGGACAUGAUUUUUUCAAACGGCACCCAUGACAACUCCUACUACUAUAUUGUCAAGCCUUCCUUGGAUCACAUUGGGACAACACAUGUGUCAGUCCUAGAUCAAGAUGGACUGGCUGUCUCUGCCACCAGCACCAUAAACCAACUAUUUGGAGGAGCCAUUUACUCUCCACGAACAGGCAUCAUCCUCAACAAUGAGCUAUCUGACUUCUGUGGGAGAGCAGACACACUGAGGGCAGGUGAACAGCCUCCUUCCUCAAUGACUCCGGUAAUACUGGAGUCAGAGUCUGGAGGACUCCUUGUCAUUGGUGGAUCAGGAGGAAGCAUGAUUACCUCAGCAGUGGCCAUGUCUAUAAUGAAUCGCCUGUGGCUGGGGAUGAAUCUGAAAGAGGCCAUUACUGUGCCAAUAGUGUUCGUUGAUUCCAAGAACAAUGUGAAUUUUGAGCCUGCUUUUGAAAAGUCUGUGAAAGAUGGCCUCAGAGCUCUUGGACAUAAAGAUGGGAACUGGCCAUACUUCUUCAAUGUUGUCAAUGCUGUGGAAAAGGAAAAUGGAUGCAUUGCAGCCGUAUCAGACAGCAGGAAGAUGGGGAUGUCAGCUGGAUACUGACCAUACAGAUCAUGAGGAAGCACCAGGUUCCCCCUAAACUCUGCCCUAAAGACUGACUGAAUGAACCUUUAGCCUUAAGAAAAAUAAAUGUGCUGAAACCGGGGGAACAAAAUGAGAGCAAUUUGGUGCUCAAACUCUUUCUUGAUGGAACUGAUGAGCAGUACAAUAAUAUAAAAUGGGUCUUAUUUUCAGCAUUUCUGUUUGUUUGACAAAAUUGCACCCACCAAAGUAAUUGCAGAGAUCUCAGAAAUUGGUAACAUGGCUCAAAAGAAGUCAGAUGGGGCAAGAAACAAAAGAAGUGGUCCAAUGAUCAGAUUAUGUAAACCACUUUAUUUGGUGGUAAACUCCAAGUAAGAGUUUUCAACACGUACUCAUAGAAACGACAGAAUAGGUCGAUAGUCUACAAAACGACAUAUAUGAACGUUCUGUUCCCUAUUGCCUUGGUGAUGUGCGCAGCUGUAGGGUUAAGCCAUUUAAGACAUUUUAGAGGAGACACGCCACUCAAUCACAUCCUCAAUACAACUCUGUGGGAAAGCCUGUAACGGCAAAGAUGGCAGUUAUCCCGCCCCUCCCGCUAGAAAGCCUCGUCUGCUUUUAACAGCCAAAGCGGGAAUCAUAAUUCAGCCAUUCGUGUGGUUCCACUGACGUAAGGGUCUGUUUUACUUCUACUGCGCAUGUGUGGAAGAGGUGACCCAUGCAUAGUAGAAGCGGUCGGGAAAAAUGCUUUUUAAACCUUAUUUUGGAGCAAAAUCGUCAAACUUUUUCAGCGAUUUUUAUCAGAUUUUACUGCUGAUUCUAGUCAUGUAGCUUUUACAGAGUUUGGACAAUGAAACUGAGACGCCUCUCAUUUUAGUGUGGGAGGUUUCAUGGCUAAAUUGGACCAGCCUGGUGGCCAAUCUCCAUUAAUUGCACAUUGAACCAAUAAGAGCAGACUGUGAAGGUCCAAUUAGCAGAGUAAGAGCACAGUUUUGCUCAAAAUAUUGCAAUGCACACAACAUUAUGGGUGACAUACCAGAGUUCAAAAGAGGACAAAUUGUUGGUGCACGUCUUGCUGGCGCAUCUGUGACCAAGACAGCAAGUCUUUGUGAUGUAUCAAGAGCCAUGGUAUCCAGGGUAAUGUCAGCAUACCACCAAGAAGGACGAACCAACAGCAUUAAAUGUGGACGCAAGAGGAAGCUGUCUGAAAGGGAUGUUCGGGUGCUAACCCGGAUUGUAUCCAAAAAACAUAAAACCACGGUUGCCCAAAUCACGGCAGAAUUAAAUGUGCACCUCAACUCUCCUGUUUCCACCAAAACUGUCCGUCGGGAGCUCCACAGGGUCAAUAUACACGGCCGGGCUGCUAUAGCCAAACCUUUGGUCACUCGUGCCAAUGCCAAACGUCGGUUUUAAAGGUUGCAAGGAGCGCACAUCUUGGGAUGUGGACAAUGUGAAACAUGUAUUGUUCUCUGAUGAGUCCGCCUUCACUGUUUUCCCCACAUCCGGGAGAGUUACGGUGUGGAGAAGCUCAGCGUACCACCCAGACUGUUGCAUGCCCAGAGUGAAGCAUGGGGGUGGAUCAGUGAUGGUUUGGGCUGCCAUAUCAUGGCAUUCCCUUGGCCCCAUACUUGUGCUAGAUGGGCGCGUCACUGCCAAGGACUACCGAACCAUUCUGGAGGACCAUGUGCAUCCAAUGGUUCAAACAUUGUAUCCUGAAGGAGGUGCCGUGUAUCAGGAUGACAAUGCACCAAUACACACAGCAAGACUGGUGAAAGAUUGGUUUGAUGAACAUGAAAGUGAAGUUGAACAUCUCCCAUGGCCUGCACAGUCACCAGAUCUAAAUAUUAUUGAGCCACUUUGGGGUGUUUUGGAGGAGCGAGUCAGGAAACAUUUUCCUCCACCAGCAUCACGUCGUGACCUGGCCACUAUCCUGCAAGAAGAAUGGCUUAAAAUCCCUCUGACCACUGUGCAGGACUUGUAUAUGUCAUUCCCAAGACGAAUUGACGCUGU